AUGUCGGACGUGCCGGCCGCAGCCGUUGCCGCCCCGUUCGAACCCCCCCCAGGAGGGGGCCCGCCAGGCGGCGACGGUGGCCUCAGCGGGGCUGACGGAGAAGAGGACGGCCGCCCGCCGCCGCCGCCGCCUUCUUUUCCAGAGAAUGAAGAUUCAACUCAGAAGUCAGAACAUGCAUCCCAGACAGCUGCCACUUCAGAGAAUGAUACCUUACAAUGCAGGCUGCAAAAUGGAUCGCCUGUGAAAGGGGGUGCUACAAAGGAUUUGACAAGUGGUGAUGCUGAUCUGAAAGAGCAAGAUGUAGCAGGAGAGGAAGCCAACCAGUUCCAGGUACAAAAACAGGCUGUAGUGCAGAUGACAAAGUAUCCUGCCCCACAAGGACCAGGUGAUAUAGUCAUGAUACAGUCUGAAUAUACAGGUGCAGUGGAUGUCCUUUCAGCAGAGCUGGAAACCACAGACCUGCUGGGUGAGCAGAAGAAAGCUCAGCCACCUCCUCUAAUUCCUCCCACUACCUGGACAAGUGCCAAGAUAAGGGACUUCAAAACAAAGAUGGCAAAGGAGAAGAAUGCCCGCAUGGUAGUGAAACGGGGUGAAGUAGUAACUGUCCGGGUGCCAACCCAUCCCGAUGGGAAGCGUGUGUGCUGGGAGUUUGCCACAGAAGAUUAUGACAUUGGCUUUGGAGUCUAUUUUGACUGGACACCUGUUACUAAUACUGCCAUUACUGUACAAGUCAGUGAAUCAAGUGAUGAAGAGGAUGAUGAUGAAGAAGAGUUUGAAGGGCCUAUUCCUGUUGGUGAUGUGGAAAGGGGCUCCAAAAGCUAUUUGCGAAAUCGCUAUGGGGAGAUCAUGCCUGUCUACCGGCGAGACAGUCACCGGGAAGUACAAGUAGGCAGCCACGAUUAUCCAGGGGAAGGCAUCUACUUGCUCAAAUUUGACAAUUCUUACUCCCUUCUGCGCAACAAGAUUCUCUUCUUCCACGUUUAUUAUACCAGUUAAAGAAGUCAGUGGUGCUGGAAGUGAGCGUGACUGAAGGGGCACCAAAAUAAGGAA